AGGCCUUUAACUUUCCAACAACCAUUAACAUCGCUUUCUAGAUUCAAAAAUCGUUCAAGUGAAAACAGUUACAAUUUGGAUUCGCAGCAAAGUGCGUUCUACGCCUCCUAACAGAUAUAUAGCAAAGAGAAAUACAAGACACUAGUAUGGCCCAACUACGACCCUUAAAUCCUGAACUUGCCGAAAUUGCCCGUAAAGAUUUAAAUGAAGUGCCAUCGAGAAUUCCCUCGGAUUUAGAGGCACUACGGGAAUGGAUUAAAAAGGAACCCCAUCUGAAGGCCCGCACAGAUGAUCAAUUUUUAAUUGCCUUCUUACGCUACUGCAAAUAUAGUCUGGAGAGUGCCAAGAAGCGUAUUGAUUAUUUCUAUACGUAUAAGUCAUCGGCUAAAGAUUUGAUCAAAUCCCGGCGCAUUGAUGAUAAGAUUAUCGACAUAGCCAGAUCUGGAAUUUUCUGUUCUCUGCCCAAGCCCAAAGGAGCCGGUGGACCACGCAUUCACUUUAUGCGUAUGGGUAACAUUAAUCCGACCAUUCACAGUGUACAGGAUGUGUUCCGUUUUCACAUAAUGCGCUGUGAAAUCGAAACCAAUACCGAUGAUAAUUGGAACAUAAGUGGUGUCAUUGAAAUUAUUGAUUUCUCAAAGAUACCCUUUGGAUUUUUGAAACAAUUCGAUCCGACCCUGUUUCGACAAAUGGCAUCAGUAUUGGAAUUUGGUAUACCCACCAAUUUACUGGGUACACAUAUUGUUAAUGCCUCCAAGGAGGCGCAAAUUAUUUUGGGACUCAUCCGUAAUGUGAUGAAACAGAAGGAACUGCUCAACAUCCAUCCCACAUUGGAAUCGCUGCAGCAGGCAAUCGGCAAGGAAUAUUUACCCGCCGAAUAUGGUGGCACCAAUAGCAGUUUUGAAGAAUCCGAACAGAAUUAUGAAAAACUCUUGAUGAGCUACAAAUCCUAUUUCGAUGAGGAUGACCAGUACGGCGUGGACGAGAAAUUGCGUCAGGGAGAAAAUCAAAUGUCUGAAUUAUUUGGCGGCAGUGCGACCGGUUCAUUCCGCAAAUUAGAUAUUGAUUAAUGUUUGUGUGUGUUUUUUUUUUUGUUGUCAAUAAUUUUCUGUUUUUU